AAAACAGGAAAUCCUGGAGGGACUGGUAUUUGGGGUUUCUGGAGAUAUACUGACAUGUUUCACUCAGUUUUGGUUGCAUUUUUACAUAGUUAGGGCCUUUAAAACCAAACAACAACAGUUUCAUAGCACUUACAGUUAUAGUUAUUACAUUUGAAUAUAAACAAUUAUACAGCUAACACUCUGUGUUGGACAGAAAGCAUUUUGUAACAAGAAGUCAGUAUACCAACUCCAGGUUAGAAACAUUUCAUUUCAGUAAAGCUCAUUAUCAAGACAGAAGCAAUUCACUGCCAACGUCAAUCGAGUCGAACUUGGAAAAAAACUGACGCAAAGAUGUUUCGUAUCUGUUGUGGAGAGAGGACAGAGCAUGUUGUCAGUGUGGUGGUGGAGGACAGCAGGCCAAUCGAAAGCUCUCCGAGGAGUGGAAAGUCCAUUGACUCACCAGCUGUCACUCCCGAAAAGGAGGAAAAGACACCAUGGUGGUACAAGCUUUUUGGUCGCAUGCCGAGUCAGCAAAAGAAAGAACAAAAUGUUGACAAUGACCAAACCAACAACACCAAGAACACAAAGAAAAAGCCUAAGAUGCCUUUGUGGUUCAGUAAGAGAAGAUGUCAGGUCUCACCAGCUCAAGAAGAAAAUACCCCAAAGAAGCAGUGCCUGCACACUCUCAUCCAGAAGAAAGUAAAAGGUCUUGUAGUGCCCAAAGAGGAGGUGGACACAAAGACAGAGGAGGACAAAAAAGUAAUCCAAGACCCCAAAGAGGCUGCCUCAACCAACAUCAUUGGAAAGCACCGCAGACUCGAACAGUUCAGGAACCUUGGGUUCCCAAAUCCAGCACAGAACUGUUACAUGAAUGCCUGCUUGCAAAGUCUGUUGACUAUGGAGGACUUCGUAAACUCCAUCAACAGUCAGGAGCAGGUCUGGAGGUCGAUCCCAGAGGCGCAACUCCUGAGAUCAUUUAUGGAAGUAAAGAAAUCCUACUUCUCCCAGGACAAACGCAUGAAGGUCAAACUACUCACCGCCUUCAAGACAGCAGUGUCUGUCCACGCUCCAGAGUUCAGAGACUUCAGUCAAAAAGAUGCACACGAGUUUCUAACAUCUGUGUUGGAACAAGUAAGAAGUUUCACCCCAAAGCUGCGUCUGAUGGCAACCAGUAUGGGUAAAACCUACAAGUGUCCUGUGGAAAGCAACACAAUGUUUAAAAUGGAAAACACUAGGACUUGCAAAGGCUGUGGAGCAAAAUCAAUAAGAGAGGAAGUAUUCACCAGCCUGUCCCUCGACUUGAUUCCUGGACAUGGGACGUUGGAGGAAAUGCUCAUUAACUAUCUUAAGCAGACAGAUUUGGAAUACCAAUGUAAAUGCGGUUCAAUCUUGUCAGGCCAACGGUCUUCAUUCACCACCCUGCCAAAUGUGCUGGUCUUGCACCUGAAACGCUUCAGUUUUACGCCGACAUACAGGCUUAUAAAGGUCUGUGAUCCUGUUCACCUCAACAGAGAUCUGGUGGUUUCAAGUAAUGAACCUUUCCAGGGUGGUUGCUGUUACAGCCUAGUCAGCGUGAUCAACCACAUGGGAACCACAGCAGAAAGGGGGCACUACAUUUGUGACGGGAUAGACCCAGAUGUGAAACCAGAGGACCCGACAGACCGCUGGUUCACCUAUGAUGACGCAUUGGUCACCAAAACAAGCGGUGCCUCUGUAUGCAACAAUCGUCAAAAAAGUGCAUACGUCCUUUUCUACAAAAAAAUUUGUUGACAAUGACCAAACCAACAACACCAAGAACACAAAGAAAAAGCCUAAGAUGCCUUUGGGAUUCAGUAAGAGAAGAUGUCAGGUCUCACCAGCUCAAGAGGAAAAUACUCCGAAGAAGCCGUGCCUGCACAGUCUCAUCCAAAAGAAAGUGAAAUAUCUUUAGUGCCCAAAGAGGAGGUGGACACAAAGCCAGAGGAGGACAAAGAAGUAAUCCAAGACCCCAAAGAGGCUGCAGCCACCAACAUCAUUGGAAAGCACUGCAGACUCGAAAAGUUCAGGAACCUUAGUGUUAACAAUGACCAAACCGAAAACACCAAGAACACAAAGAAAAAGCCCAAGAUGCCUUUGGGAUUCAUGAUACAGAAUAUGUCAGGUCUCACCAACUCACAUGGAAAAUACUCCGAAGAAGCCGUGCCUGCACACUCUCAUCCAGAAGAAAGAUCUUGUAGUGCCCAAAGAGGAGGUGAACACAAAGCCAGAGGAGGUGGACACAAAGCCAGAGAAGGCCAAAAAAGUAAUCCAAGUCCCCAAAGAGGCUGCCUCCACCAACAUCAUUGGAAAGCACUGCAGACUCGAACAGUUCAGGAACCUUAGUAUUGACCAUGACCAAAAACAGACAACACCAAGAACACAAAGAAAAAGCCUAAGAUGCCUUUGGGAUUCAGUUAGAGAAGAUGGCAGGUCUCACCAGCUCAAGAGGAAAAUACCCCAAAGAAGCCGUGCCUGCACACUCUCAUCCAGAAGAAAGAUCUUGUAGUGCCCAAAGAGGAGGUGGACACAAAGCCAGAGAAGGCCAAAAAAGUAAUCCAAGUCCCCAAAGAGGCUGUCUCCACCAACAUCACCGGAAAGCACUGCAGACUCGAACAGUUCAGGAACCUUAGGUUCCCAAAUCCAGCACAGAACUGUUAUAUGAAUCCCUGCUUGCAAAGUCUGUUGACUAUGGAGGACUUCGUAAACUCAAUCAACAAUCAGGAGCAGGUCUGGAGGUCGAUUCCAGGGGGCUACUCCUGAGAUCAUUUAUGGAAGUAAAGAAAUCCUAUUUCUCCCAGGACAAACGCAUAAAGAUCAAACUGCUCGCCACCUUCAAGACAGCAGUGUCUGUCCACGCUCCAGAGUUCAGAGACUUCAGAGACUUCAGUCAAAAAGAUGCACAUAAGUUUCUAACAUCUGUGUUGGAACAAGUAAGAAUUUUCACCCCAAAGCUGCGUAUGAUGGCAACCAGUAUGGGUAAAACCUACAAGUGUCCUGUGGAAAGCAGCACGUUUAAAAUGGAAAACAAUAGGACAUGCAAAGGAUGUGGAGCAAAAUCAAUAAGAGAGGAAGUAUUCACCAACCUGUCCCUCGACUUGAUUCCUGGACAUGGGACGUUGGAGGAAAUGCUCAUUAACUAUCUUAAGGGAAAAGUGAAAACAUGUCUUACUCUACAUGAAUCCGGAAGACUAAAAUGGCCUUCUAUGUCCAGUCCAGGAUUCCAUGCCCACCAAGUCCAGUGGAAGAUCCCAAACUCAGUGAAGGACGAAUAAAGACAAUGUUCAGCAGAGGAAAGAGGAAUAGGAGCAUGCCGCUUCCAGGAGCAGCAGCCCAUAUGAGGAUGGGCUUCACAACCUUAGGAAAUGAACUAAGAUUGAGGAAACUGAAUAUAAUCUACAUCUCCUCCAAACCCAGUGCUGUCAUCCCUCCCACCUCCCUCAUCACCUGCCUUGUAGACAUCCGGAGCUGGAUGAGCAGGAACUUCCUGAAACUUACGGAAUAAAACCAAGGCCCUGCUCAUCGGCUCCAAAUCCACUAUCACCAAAUCUCAACACACCCCAGCCCCACCCAUCAUCAUCAAUGGAUUCCCUGUACCCUUCUCCCACCAAGUCCAGAGCCUCGGCGUCAUUCUGGACAGCACCCUCUCAUUCGCAUCUCACAUUCAAAACAUCAUCUGGACUCAAAACUCACCUUUUCAAACUGGGAUAUUCACUCUAACUGGACUAUCUGCACUUCACUAGUUUUUAUUUCUUUUUAAUUUAUUACUUUUUGUUUGUUUGUUUUUAUGAUGCUUUAAUGAUGAAUGUUUUUAUUAUCUGUAAGGUGACAUUGGGUGAUUUGAAAGGCGCCCCAAAUAAAAUGUAUUAUUAUUAUUUUUAU